GACCAGAAUCCUUAGCGCGUAGCGGAAAAUAACUUCAGCUCAGCCUCGGUGACUGCGGGAGUUCGGCCGGAAGCUUCCGCACGGUAUCCGAUCCGUGUGAGGCUGGUUCGGCGUGGAAGAUGGCGGUGCCCGAGCCGCCGAUGCAGCUGUCGCGAGGAGGCCCAGGCUCCGCUUCCCUCUCUCCGUCCCGGGGCGACCGCACCCUCCUCGUCAGGCACCUGCCGGCCGAGCUGACGGCUGAGGAGAAGGAGGACUUACUAAAGUACUUCGGGGCGCAGUCGGUGCGCGUCCUGUCAGAUAAAGGGCGCCUGAAACAUACAGCAUUUGCUACUUUCCCUAAUGAAAAAGCAGCAGUAAAGGCAUUGACAAGACUCCAUCAGCUGAAACUUCUAGGUCAUACUUUAGUUGUUGAAUUUGCAAAAGAGCAAGAUCGAGUUCAUUCCCCUUGUCCCACCUCCAAUACAGAGAAAAAGAAAAGGUUGGAUGACACUGUGGAAAAUGAUAAAGAAAAGAAAGAGCCAGACGUUUUAACAGUAGAAAAUGGAAUUGCACCAAAUCAUGGGCUGACAUUUCCUCUAAAUUCAUGUCUCAAAUAUAUGUAUCCACCUCCUUCAAGCACAAUCCUUGCAAAUAUAGUAAAUGCUCUGGCAAGUGUCCCUAAAUUCUAUGUACAGGUGCUUCAUCUUAUGAAUAAAAUGAAUUUACCCACACCUUUUGGACCGAUUACUGCACGACCUCCUAUGUAUGAGGACUACAUGCCGUUGCAUGCCCCUCUUCCACCUACAUCCCCUCAACCACCUGAGGAGCCUCCCUUACCAGAUGAGGAUGAGGAUUUAUCUAGUAAAGAAUCAGAAUAUGAAAGCAGUGAUGAGGAAGACCGACAGAGAAUGAACAAACUAAUGGAACUAGCAAAUCUUCAGCCCCAAAGACCCAAAACAGUAAAGCCACGUCACGUGAGAAAAAAACGAAAAAUAAAAGACAUGUUGAAUAUACCUUCAUCGGCUUCACAUAGUUUUCAUCCUGUGCUGUUACCUUCGGAUGUAUUUGACCAACCACAACCUGUAGGUAAUAAAAAAAUAGAAUUCAAUAUAUCGACCAACAUGCCUGCAGCAUUUACCAAAGAUUUGGAGACUCAACAAAAUAAUGAGGAAAAGAAUUCUGAUUCACCAGACACUGGACUUGAUGAUUCAAAUACAGGAUUUGGAAAAAUCUUCCCCAAACCUAAUUUGAACAUCACAGAAGAGAUUAAAGAAGACUCUGAUGAAAUGCCCUCACAGUUUAUUUCUAGAAGAGAGUUGGAAAAGGGUCGUAUUUCUAGAGAAGAAAUGGAAACCCUUUCAGUUUUCAGAAGUUAUGAACCUGGUGAACCAAACUGCAGGAUUUAUGUAAAGAAUUUAGCCAGGCACGUUCAGGAAAAGGAUCUUAAAUUUAUCUUUGGAAGAUACGUUGACUUUUCUUCAGACACACAGCGGAUCAUGUUUGAUAUUCGCUUAAUGAAAGAAGGACGCAUGAAAGGACAAGCGUUUGUUGGACUUCCAAAUGAAAAAGCAGCAGCUAAAGCCUUGAAAGAAGCUAAUGGCUAUGUUCUUUUCGGAAAACCCAUGGUGGUUCAGUUUGCUCGAUCUGCUAGACCAAAACACGAUUCUAAAGAAGGAAAACGGAAGUGAUACAAACAAAUAAAGAAGCAUUCCUGCGUACAUACUGCUGUAAUACUGUCAUACAAGUGUAUCCUUUCUUGUUGUAUCCUUUUGGGGCAGUGGUUUUGUUUUGUUUCAUUUUGUUUUCCAGAAGUCCUUUGUCUACCUUCUAUCAUUUCUCCAGAUUAAGUACUUUUUAUUCUUUAUUCAAAUGAUACAUUUCUCAAAUUAGUUUUGUUUCCUGGAAAAAUACAUGUAUUUUAGAUGCCCUGGUUAAUAUUCUAUGCUAUCAUAUAAGUCAAUGAGUUUCAGGCAAAGUUAGUGAAUCAGGUCACUUGGUAUAUACAAUUGCUUGACCACAGUAUAUGGUAAUAUUUCUUGUAUAUUUGAAUUUCUUCAAUUUAAUUCAGGAACAUGCUUCCUGUUUUGUAUUAUAUCCCAUUUUGUUGUUGUUCUAGUUUCUUUUUUGUUGCUGUGAUAAAUACCCUGACAAAAAGUGACUUAGUGAAGAAGGGAUUUACUUGUCUUUCAAUUUACAGUCCAUUACCAUGGGGAAGUCAAGGCAUGAAUUUAAAGCAUAAUGUCCACAGUCAAGAGCAGAGAGAGAGAGAGAAUAAAUUCAUAGCUUGCCUAGUCUGAGCUGGCUUUUUCCUGUUAUACGCUGUUCAUGGUCCCCUUUCCUAAGGAAUGGUCUUACCCACAAUUGGUUGGAUCUUACAUUAGUGAACAGUCAAAACUAUGGUAUGCGCUCAUACCAACAUAAUCUAGAUAUUGCUUUAUUAAGACUUUUCCCAGGUAAUUCAAUAUUGUGUCAAGUUGAUAAUUAAAACUAUCCAGCACAGUUUUUCUGUAUAACAUGUUGCAAAAUUUAACUGGGAAAUGAUCUUUUUCUGUUAAUAGUAAAUAUAUUGAAAAGGAACAAGAUUUCUAUUAAAAAAAAAAACUCAAGGUACAAAAAGAUUGAGUGCCUUUGACAAGUAGAAGGAUUUCCUUUACUUUUUGUCUUUUCAAAACAAGAAAAUUCCAAAAACAAAAUUUAAAUACACACACACACACACACACACACACACACACACACACACAGAAUAACAGAUAAGACAUGUUUAUGUAGUUAUAUAGUUAGUAAAUUAUCUUCUAGAAGUAAGAACAAUGAUUCCAGGCUGUAUGAUGACUAUCUCCCAGAACAGCCAAUCUCAAAUUCUGUACAUUUAAAUUCUAAGAAUUUUAAAAUUUAUAAUAAUAAUUAUUUGUUGAUAUUUGUUUUCUGUCUUAGAGAUUGAUUCUCGUAUAUUAAUACAGAGAGACCCACCAAAGAAGAUGGUCGAUGUACAAGUAUUUCUAGAGUCUAGAUUCUAUCUCAGAGCUAAUAAAUCAGAAUUACUGGAAUAUGUCUUGUAAUAUAAUUUGAAAGUUUUACUUAAUAAUAGAAAGGACCACUGACAAAUUUACAUUUUUUUAGGAAAAUAAAAAUCCUAAAGAUUUUGUGGGAAAUGUUCCUAUUAUGAGUCCUUUAAAAAUGCUCAUAAUUAUGUUAUUUGAAAUUACCAAAAUUGAAAUUGCAGUCUCUUCAUAAUCACAAUUGAAAUAUUUUCAUUUUUAUUAUUAUAAGUAGCCUUUCUUUACAUGUAUUUUGUACUGACAUGAUUCACUAAUUUUCUGCAAAUAAAUAUUGGGCUUUUAAAACUUAAUGGAAUUAUUAUGAUUAUUUUUAAUGGGCCUUUGUGAUAUUUUAGGUUUCUUCUGAGUCCUGUAUCUUUCAAGUACUGUGGAACUUUGAGAGAAGAAACUGACCAUCUGGACUUUGGAACUGUGCGUAACAACUUUGAAAGCAUUAAAAAAUUACAUAUCUUCAAAUUAAUGUUUGGAGAUACAUUGCAAUGGCUUAUCAUAUAUAUAAUAAAUUAUUUUUUCUCAA